UUAUCAUUGGAGGCGCACCGAAUGACGCGCAGCAGGCCGUCGACGGCCGGGUUAGGCGCUAGCAGUCAGUGGCCGGUUGCACUUCAGAAUGAAGUUCCAGUUGUCCUGUCCCAGAAAUUCUUGGGCGGCGGAGCUUCGAUGCUCCAUAACAAAUCCACCCAGGGGUCGCGCCGGCGUUGGGAUGACCCAUUCUCCGCGUCCCCGUCCACACUAACCCUUUACACUACCCGUACGCGACCACACACUAUCUAUCUAGAGCAUGCUGGGGAACAAGUCCAUUGUGCCAGAUCACUGCCAACCACAUGCGACGCAGGCUCGGUCCAGAGUGCCAGCCAACCAAUUUCAUCAGCUAUUCCAGUCUCCGAGGUGCUGCUGCUUUCUGACGAUGCUAGACAUACAUGCGUCGGCACAUCGGACGAUAGGCACCUAGUGCCCAGUAAAUCUCCGAUUUGCAUGCCCCAUGAAGCGAAACGCUAUGUCGAGCUAUGGCCACGCACGCCUCUCGCCCAAACGGCUGCUCUCGGCCCGGGGUGAUGAUGGAGGGGGGGGGGGUAGUAGUCUCAGUC